UUAUUGAGAAGUCUACUUAUCAAUGCAUUACACUUUUUCGUUUGUUUGUUUUAUCAUUGUUCCUGUAUAGGAAUGGAAGAACGACGAAUUCUUUAGUAAUAUAUGAUGCGGAGUUGAACUUAAUAUAGUUGGUAGUUGACAGACAAUAGAUAGAGAUAUAGAAAGACAUAGAAAAACUAUUGAAAGAGACUUAGAUUUUCAAGGUUUGAAGCUAAAUAUGAUUUAUCAUAGCACGUUAUGGUGUGGUCAGACUCGUGGAUCCAAUUUUUGCUUAGAGGGCGGUAGAAGUCUCUGGUAGUUAAUAGAUGUAGUAAUGUUGUGUAGUGGAGGUCCUUAAUGUUAAUACUAGAUAGCCAAAGUGAUUCCAGCUCUGCGACUCUUGAGAUUGUGAAGGAUGCUCGCCAACAGUCAUACAGGUCCUCGAUUAUUGCAAUGCAUCUCCAAAAGACUAUAAAUGUAUAUUUACCUUUGGGGCAACAGCAGCACUGAAGUUAGUUGGAGAGGCUUUUCCAUGGAGUUGUGACAGUACUUUUAUGUAUACGAUGGAGAAUCAUAAUAGUGUUCUUGGUAUAAGAGAAUACGCUCUUGGUCAAGGGGCUGCAUCCAUAGCUGUAGACAUUGAAGAAAAUGAAGCUCCUGGAGUAUCUGGAGAAAACAUUGCUAUGAAGAUAUCACCACACCAAGUACAAAGGAGAAAAGUAGCUGGGUUGCUGGAGGGAAAGCCAGAUGGUCAUGUGUAUAAUUUGUUUGCUUUUCCCUCUGAGUGCAACUUCUCAGGGUUGAGAUUUGACCUUGACUUGGUCAAGAUUAUCAAGGAGCACUCGAGCAGGGAUUUAGGGAUUUCUUCAGUUUGCAAAAAUGGACAAUGGAUGGUCUUGAUUGAUGCUGCAAAGGGAUGUGCCACCAUGCCACCUGAUUUAUCCAAAUAUCCUGCAGAUUUUGUCACAAUCUCAUUCUACAAGCUCUUUGGCUAUCCAACUGGGCUUGGAGCUCUUAUUGUUCGAAAUGACGCUGCCAAGUUGCUGAAGAAGACUUAUUUUAGUGGAGGAACUGUUGCUGCUUCAAUUGCUGAUAUUGAUUUCAUUAAAAGAAGGGAAGGUAUUGAGGAGUUGUUUGAGGAUGGUACAGUUUCAUUCCUGAGUAUAGCAUCUGUCCGCCAUGGCUUCAAAAUCCUGAGAUCUCUAACUGCAUCUGCAAUAUCACGACAUACAAAAUCUCUUGCCUUAUAUACAAGAAAAAUGCUUUUGGCUUUGAGACAUUGCAAUGGAUCUAAUGUGUGCAUCAUCUAUGGACAUCAAAGUUCAAUGGAACUGUGUUAUGAAAUGGGUCCUAUUGUUUCAUUCAACUUAAAAAGACCAGAUGGUUCUUGGUAUGGAUACCGUGAAGUGGAAAAGCUGGCAUCUCUUUCAGGAAUUCAGCUAAGGACAGGAUGCUUCUGUAAUCCAGGUGCAUGUGCAAAAUACGUUGGCUUGUCUCAUUUGGAUCUUUUAUCAAAUACGGAGGCUGGCCAUGUUUGCUGGGAUGAUCAUGAUGUAAUCAAUGGAAAACCUACUGGAGCCGUAAGAGUAUCCUUUGGCUACAUGUCAACUUAUGAGGAGGCUAAGAAAUUUAUUGAUUUUGUAGCAAGUUCCUUCGUGUCAUCUCAAAAUGACAUUUGCCAUGGGAAUCAAUUGGAAGGCAUUGAGAAGGGUUCCCCGGAUACUGGUUAUCAUCUUAAAUCAAUUACAAUAUACCCCAUAAAAUCUUGUGGAGGGUUCUGUUCAAGAAGCUGGCCUCUUAGCAAAAAUGGACUAAAACAUGAUCGCGAAUGGAUUCUUAUGAGUCUAAAUGGUGAAAUUCUUACACAAAAAAAGGUUCCUGAAAUGUGCUUUAUAAGCACCUUUAUUGACCUCAGUCAGGGAAUACUAUUUGUAGAGUCUCCACAUUGCAAAGAAAGAUUGCAGAUCAAGCUUGAGUCAGGGGUUAAUCAUGGUGCUAUGGAAGAACUUGAACUAUAUGGUCAAAGGUACAAGGUAUAUAAUUACAGCAAAGAAACCAAUGUAUGGUUUAGCGAAGCCAUUGGUAAACCCUGCACUUUGUUUCGGUAUUCUAGUACCGAGCAUGAUUUUAUGUUGAACAAGACCAAAGGUGUAGCAACCUGUAGAGAUACUAAGAGCACGCUAAAUUUUCCCAAUGAAGCACAGUUCUUACUUGUAUCUGAGGAAAGUGUGUCUGACCUAAAUAGACGACUAUGUUCAGAUGUACAGAAGGACAUAUGUGUUACGGCAAUGCAAGUCGAUGCAAGUAGGUUUCGCCCAAACCUUGUCGUAUCCGGAGGCAGACCUUACGGUGAAGAUGGAUGGAGAACCAUUAGAAUUGGAAAUACGUAUUUCAGAUCGCUAGGGGGAUGCAAUCGAUGCCAGAUGAUCAACUUUUCACAAAAUGCUGGAAAAGUGCAAAAGUCAAAUGAACCAUUGGCAACUUUAGCAUCAUACAGGAGAGUAAAGGGAAAGAUUUUGUUUGGCAUACUACUCAAGUAUGAAUCUAGUGAUGAAGAGCAGCAGCAUGAUGAUUCCUGGCUUCAUAUUGGGCAGCAUGUUCAUCCAGAGUCUAUUUAAUUUAGCAAUUAGUGCAUAGGUGUAAUGACCUAACUUUCAGUACAUCAUGACCUAUGCUAAUCGUUAGGCGCUACCAUUUAGUUGACUUAUGGGACUCUAGACUCUGUAUUACUUAUAUAGAUAUGAGUCAGUUGGUAAUAUCGUAAGUUAGUCCAGUUUCAUAAUUUUUGUAAUUGAGAUUUAAACAAAAAAAAAAUGAUACAUCCAUACAAAAGCAUAUAAAGAGAAAGUAGAUAUCAUAUAUGGGUGCCCCGCCCUCGAGGGCUCAGUUUUAUACAUCAACAAAAAAUCACAAGUCAUAGUGAGCACAUAUGACCCAAUUACAUACUGUUCAGGAGUAAAUAAUAUACUUAUAAUUAUAUACAUAUAUAUUACACGACACCUCAGGAUUUGGCCCACACAGGAGUCCCUAAUUUGAAAUGGAAGUCACGAUUUUCUGACGAGUUUUUCAGAGGAGGAGGAUCCGUCUGAGGAGAUACCAGCGUGGGAGGAUCAGAUGGCAGUAGAUUUAGCUUCUAGCUCAUCUGAAGAGAGUGUGGCUGGAGGAGGUGGAGAGCUGGGGCAGUUGCCCAAUGGCCCUCUGAUAUAUCUGCAUGCAGGGAUUUCUUUCGAGGACACCUAGUGAUGAUGUUGCUAGUUAUUUUCCCCUCUCUUUUGAUAGUAUUUGCUGAGUGGUAGGACAUUUACUAUUUAUAAGCUAGCCUGGGUUCCAGAUUAGGAACUCGUGCAUGAGCCAACUCCUGUAGUGUCAUGUGUAAUAUAUGUAUAUAAAUAUAUUCUGUAUUAACUUCCGAACAAUCUGUAAUUGGGUCAGAUGUAUUCACUGUGACUUGUGACUUUAUGUGAUGUAUAAAAUUGAGCCCCCCGAGGCAUUCAUAGUU